GAGGGCAGAGUGGAGGGAGAGACAGAGACAAAGAGAAGGAGGGAGGGAGAAGGCAGUGGAGAGAGAGGGGUCAGGGCGGAGGAGACCAGGGAGAGCCAGGCCCCAGGAAUGACCCCUCAGAGCCCCUUGUGGCAGGGGCAGCGGGAAAGAAGGGGCCUGACUCCUGGAUGGGCAGACAGGGACAGAGGCGGCCUGAACCAGGGCGUGGGUGUCACCCAGUCCCGCCUCGCGCUUGGGGCCCUGGGCUGGGGCGCAGGCUGGUCACGCAAAGGACGGAGGGGGCUUGGAAGUUCUGGACCCUGGGUGCCGCGCUGCCGGGCCGAAGGGACCCGUCUGGCCUGGGGGUCUCCGUGGAUGGGUGGGGUGUGCGCGCGGUCUUGGGAGUCUGAGGGCAGAGACUGUCGGGCGGGCUCCGGGGGCCCGCAUCCUGGGGCCUGGCACCCACCCGUAGAACCGACCUUGCGGGGCCUUCGCCACACACAAGCUCGUGUCUGUGGGUCCGUGUCGGGGCUCACCGCCGCGCUGGGCCUCCCGGCCCCCUGUGUCCAUCCGUGUGUCCAUCCGUCCGUCCGCGCCCCCCGGGCUGAGGUAGGAGGUUGUAUAGUUGAGGAGGACACCCACGGAGAUCACUAUACGGCCUCCUAGCUUGCCCCAGGCUGCGCCCUGCGCGGGGACCCCGGGGACCCCCUGCUUCCCGCCGCUGCGCCCUCUCUGCUGUCUGUCUGUGGCCGUCUGCCCACCGCCCAUCUCCAGGACUCUGCGUGUCUGUGUGUGCAUGCACAUGUGUGGGUGAGCAUGUCGCUCGGGUGCAUGUGUGUGCACACGUGUGUUUAUGUGUGUGCACACACGUGUGGGCAUGUGCAUGUGUCUGCACGCGUGUGCAUGUGUGUAUACAUGCAUGGGUGUGCAUGUGCACACACCGUGGCUUCCCGGCUCUGCCGUCACUGAGCCUCUCCGGGUCUUGGCACCCCACCUCUCGCCCAUCUGACUCCAGACCCGUGGUUCAGUCUUGCGGCGCCCUCUGCCCUCUCCACCCCGCCCCACUGCUGGCCUCUGGGUCCCUGAGACCCUUUAACCUGUGAGGACGUGCAGGUUCACAGGUGAGGGUCUUGGGAGCCCGGAGUCCGGCCCGACCACAGCCUGGGGGGGGGAGCAGGCCUGACCUCUGACCCAGGGUGCCUGCCCCUCCCCCACCCAGGUGACCUCACAAAUGUCACCGAGCCAGGGACUGAGCUAUGGCCCUGCCAGCCUCGGGCCCGGCUGUGCCCCUGCCCCUGCUGGCGCUGCCCGGCCUCGGGGCCCCGGCCUGGGCCUGCCUCCUCUGCUUCACAGCCUACACUGAGCGCCGGCGUGUCUGCCAGUUCUUCCUGGGCACGGAGGGGCCCGAGCUGGACAAGUGUGAGGAGGCAUUCCUCUCUGCCUUUGAGGGUCUCCUGGACAUCGAGAUCAACUACGAUGAGCGGAGUCACCUCCACGAUGCCUUCACCCAGAUGACGCACACCCUGCAGGAGGAGGCUGCGGCCGGUGAGUCCUUGGAAAUCGCCUUCAGAAAUGCAGCGGAAAAAAUGCUGAUGGUCAUUGGACAGCUGAAGGAAGUCCAGGCCUGCAUCCCUCCCUGCGGACUGCAGGAGGUGGCCCGGCGGUUCCGCUGCCGCGGCUGCUACUCCGCCCUCUGCGACUUGCCCCUGGACUGUCCAAUUCAGGACCAGGCGGUGGCUCGGGGCCAGCAGGCUCUGUUCACCUGCGCCGUGGGCUUCCCGCUGCCCGGCGAAGAGAUAACCUAUUCCUGGAAGUUCGCCGGACAGCUUCGGACUCAGGACAUGACGUACUUCCAUGACAUUCCCGGAGGCCGGGGAUUCGUCGCUCGGAUCCGGCCGGUGCAGCCCGAGCACCGCGGGACUUUCUCUUGCGUGAUCGCGCACGACCAGAACCUCCUGGCACGACUCUACUUUUUUCUUAACGUGACGGGCCCGCCCCCGCGGGGGGAGACCGAGCUCCAGGCUGUUUUUCGAGAAAUACAGCUCUGGGCAUCGCGGGAUGCAGAGAUGCUGGAAGCCUGGAGGCCAAGCCUGGGCGAGCUGCUGGCCAUGCCCGGGGCACUGACGCCUGGCAACCAGCGCCUGCUGGGUGCCGUGGCCGCCUUAGCUGCAGCGACUGUGACCGUACUGGUAUGGUGAGUUCCUAGGGCGCAGCUUCCCGCUCUCCAGGGCCCAAGACCUAUUGUCCAGCCCCUUCUCCCCCAGACUUAGGAGUCCCGGCUCUGUUCCUCCACCCUCUGACCGAGGAGUCCAUCUAACUUUCUGAUCCCAGGAGUCCUGCCUCUCCGCUCCCAGCACCCAGGAAUCUGGUCCCCCACUUUCUCCCCUAGACUUAGAUAUCUGAGCCCCCAGCUCUUCAGGUUCAAGAGUUCAGGCCCUGCCCUCUGCUGCACACAGGCAUGCACACACAGGUCUGGGCAUGUACACGUGGGCCCGCACACUCCCCUUGUUUCCCCAGGAUGUCCUGUCAGUGGUACCGAAGCGGUGACUAACACAGGUAUAAUGAUCUUCCUUAUGUUAUUUCCGUCCCUAAAAAUAAAGAAUCUGUUUCAGCUUCACAGAUGCUUUUGUCCUUGAGCAGGUGAUCUGUCAACUUUCAGCCCAAAGGGCCUCCCCCACCCCUUGAAUGAUCACAGUGAGGGCCAUAGUGGUCCCGGGCACCACUUCAGGCACAUGCUCAGAUGCCCCCCAGAGCCCCUGGAGGUCUGAUGGGCCCCGAAAGCCUGCUCCUCUCCCUGUGAUCAUGCAGGUCACCCAUCCAGCUGUUCCAUCAGAAA